AUGAGACUCCCGAACGCCGCGCAGGCGCACAGGAAACUCCCGAACGCCGCGCAGGCGCACCGGAAACUCCAGAACGCCGCGCAGGCGCACAGGAACUCCCGAACACCGUGCAGGCGCAGGGGAACCACAGCACAGAGAAAUUACAGGUUUCUUAGAGAAGGAGACCAACUACUUCAGAAGAAUAAUCUUACAG